CGCUAGCCUGGAUCUCUGCAAAGGGCAACCGAGGUACCAGGCAGGCAGGUUGCCUCCCCCAGGGUCUCCCCAAGGCUGUGGAGACUGUUGCCUGCUUUGGGGCUGCCUCCUCCAGCGCCCCAGCCUGUCCCGGAAGUGCAGAGGCCCGGGGCUGCCAGCAGCGGGAUUAGUUCAGGGAAGGGCUUGCUCACCUGCUCCUCCCUCUGAGUCAAGUCAUAACAAGUAACCUGGUUCCCCUGGCCCGGCUGCCUGGGAGGGACGUCCAGAGGUCCUCCGACCGUGGCAGCGUAUAGGGUGCGGGAACCUGGUCAAGGGGAGAGCGUCAGGCUGGAGACCCCCCCUGUGACAUGUGAGGACCCCCCUGCCGCUGACCUGGGUGCAAGGGCUGUUCCUGAGCUGCUGGACUGAAGCCCGGAAGCAGCUGGAGGGACGCCAGGCGAACUGCACAUCCCAGCCCAGGCUGCGACCGGCAGCCGCCUUUGCUCAUCCGCGCCCACUCCACCCAGGCGUCCACCAUGGAGGGUAAGGAAGAGGUCAGCGACACAGACAGUGGCAUCAUCCUGCAGUCUGGCCCGGACAGCCCUGUGUCCCCGAUGAAGGAGCUGACCCAGGCCAUGCGCAAGCAGCAGAGGGCCCUAGAGGCACGCCUGGAAGCCUGCCUGGAGGAACUAAGGAGACUGUGCCUGAGGGAGGCGGAGUUGACGGGCACCUUGCCGGCAGAGUAUCCACUGAAGCCGGGGGAGACGGCCCCUGUUGUGCGCCGCAGGGUCGGGGCUGCAUACCGGCUGGCUGAGUGGGCCCUGCACCAGGAGGACCCGCUGAGCAGCCUGGAGCGCCAGCUGGCCCUGCAGCUGCAGAUCACCGAGGCUGCGAGGCGCCUGUGCCUGGAGGAGAACCUGGGUCGGCAGGCACGGAGGCAACGGAAGCAGGUGGCGUUGCAAGAGGAGAGGAAGCUGAGGGAGCUGCAGCACCAUCUGGGCGAGCGGAGACGCAACAGCGAGCCCCUGCCCAGCCCGGGCAAGCCCCCUCCAGGCCCAGAGCUCAGCGCCUCCGAUGACAGCUCCCUCUCCGAUGGGCUGCUUCUGGAGGAAGAAGAACCCCAAGUGCCAAAGUCUAUCCCGGAAUCUCCAGCCCCAGCUUCGCGACCCCCACCACCCCAGAGCCUGGAGGGGCUGCAGCCAACAGCAUUGCAAAUGGGGGGCCCGGAGAGGGCACCCAUCCAGAACAGCCCCUGGAAGGAGACAAGCCUCGACCACCCCUACGAGAGGCCCAGGAAGUCUUCAGAGCUUGGCAGCGAGUCCAGCAGCCCUGCUACCACGCCGCAGGACGGGCCCAGUGUUUCCGGUGCAUGGCUGCUAGAGCCUCCUGCCUACCACAUGGUCCCCUUCCGCAGCAUUCCUGGCCAGCGCCAGGGGCGCACUAGUGCCCCAGCCACCCCUGAGAUGCAGGGACGGAGGGGCCAGUCGCAGUCCCUGAGGGUAGAUUCCUUCCGGGCUGGCCCAGAAGGCCGAGGCCGCAGUGCCUUCCCACGCCGCCGGCCGACACAGUACACUGUGACGGUGCCAGACUCGUGCUUCGCCGCCGCCAAGCCGCCGCUGCCGCCUCCGCACCCUGCUUACCACUCCUGCUCCGAGGACAGCGCCUCGGAUGCCUCUAGCAUCUCACACCCCACUUCGCCCGGCAGCAGCAGCCCAGACAUCUCCUUCCUGCGGCCCCUGUCCCCAGCCCAGUACCAGCGCCCCCGCGGGGCUUGGGGCUCUGUCAGUAGCGGCAGCAGCAGGGAGCUGGCCGCCCACUACCCCAAACUGCUGCUGCCCACUGGCUAUGUUCCGGCUGGGCGCUACGUGAUGGUGGCCGAGAGCCACCUGCCUCCAGCCGAGUGGGAGCUGCGGCGCGCCAUGGCGCUGGGUCCCGCCUGUGAGGCUGAUGGUGGUGUUCCCUUGCACUACCAGCGGCUGCUGCCAGCCCACAGCCGCCUGGUGCGCACGCCCUCCCUGAAGGACUGUCCCACCGGCCGGGGCAUCAGCAGAGCUGCGGUUUCGGAGGAACUGAAGUGGUGGCAUGAGCGGGCGCGCCUCCGGAGUGCCCGGCCGCACUCGCUGGACCGUCAGGGCGCCUUGCGGGUCAGGAGUUUACCCCCUGGAAGAGAGAGCUUCGGCCGGGCGCUGGGACCCCGGGCUCAGGUGCCCACUGUCUGUGUGCUCCGGAGAUCGCCUGAGGGGGCCCCCGUGCAAGUGUAUGUCCCUGACAACGAUGAAAUCGUCAGCCAGGUGUAGCGCAGGGAGGCCGCUGUGAAAGACCAGACCCCCACCACCCCGCCACCGGCAGUGCCUCUUUCAACUCCUGGCCCCCAUCGCAGGCCGAUGACCCGGAGUGGAGACCCAUGUGUGUCCGUCGUCACCCCCCACCCGCCCCUCCUCUGCUAUACGCUGAGGAUUGUGUG